AUGUAUAAUAGACAAGUAAUACUUGGUAGGAUACUACCGAACCUACGAAGGAAGUAUAGUCUACCGCAUCAUAAUAAUAUACAACCAAAAUUACAACCGUCAGCUUUCGAUUUUGAUUUCAUUAAAGAAGAAGAUAGAUCAAGUAAAGAUAUAGUUAAAAAUUAUUUAUCACCAGAACAAGUUCAAAUAAUAAGUAAAGGUGAAACUGUAGAAGAAUAUGAAAAUAGAUCACCAUUUAGAAAUUUUGAUGGAACUUUGAAAAAGGGAGAAAAUGCAUUAGAAGCAAGAUUAAGUGAUACAACUUUAAAAGGAAGAGUUGAUCAUUCAAUUACAGUUUUACCUCAAGAAAUAUCAAAAGUUAUUCAAAAUAAUAUUUUAAGUUCAACGAUACCUGCUAAACUUAGAGAAAGAGUUGUUACUUUAUAUCAAAAUUUUCAAAAAAAUCAAAUUCAACAAGCUCCAUCAAGCGAAUUAGAUUGUAAUGCUCAUAUUGCUGGUUUUUUUUUACAAGAUUAUAGUCAUAUAAGACAAGUUAUAUUAGAAUUACAAAAAAGAUUGGGGAAAGAUAAAUUUAAUCCAAAAAAGGUAUUAGAUAUAGGAUAUGGUCCGGCAACUGGUAUUGUUGCAUUAAAUGAAAUUAUGGGAGAUGAUUGGAAACCAGAAGAAAAAGAUGCAUAUAUUGUUGGUAGAAAAAAUAAUGAAAUGAAGAAAAGAGCAAAAAUUAUAUUAUCAAGACAACCAAAUGAGAAUGUAACUAAUCAGAGUGAAACUGCAGAUCAAAUAAAGAAUCAAAGACAAGAAUCAAAUACUGAAUCAGAAUAUGUUGGACCCAUUGAUGUGAAAAAAAUCAAUAUACUCACAAAAUUAAGAGAUACUAUUCCAGUCACUAAAAAAUAUGAUUUAAUCAUAGCUAGUAAUUCUUUAUUAACAAAAGAAUAUAAUUUUCCAAAAGAUGUAGAUGAAAAUAUAAAAUUAAUAUUAAGAUUAUUAUCCCCCAAUGGUCAUUUAAUAUUAGUUGAAAGAGGUAAUUCAGUUGGAUUUGAAACUAUAGCAAGAGCAAGACAAAUAAUGAUACGGCCGGAACGUUUUCCUGACGAGGUAGGUAAAAUUCCUAGACCAUAUAUUAGUGGAUCAAGUGGUAAACCUCAACAUUUAAAAAAAGAAGAUAGUUUAAUAACUGAUGAUGAUUUAAAAUUUGAAAAAGAUAUGUUAGCUCAAUUAGAUGCUGAGGAAGAAAGAGAGAAAAUGGGUUUACAUUUAGAAGAAGAAUUGAAUUCAAAAUAUGGAGAAGUUACAGAAGAUGAAUUAAAAUUCGAUGAAGAAUUAUCAAAAGAUUUUGAAUUUAUAGAAGAAGAGAAUGAAUCAUCAUCUUCUUCGAAUUUGAAUUAUGAAAAAAUAGAUUAUCAUUUAAAAAUCUUAGCUCCUUGUCCAAAUCAUAAAAAAUGUCCAUUACAAUUAGGUGAUCCAAAAUAUUAUAAAAUUCCAUCUCAUAAACAUAGAUUAAAUUUUUGUUCAUUUUCAAAAAUAGUUGAAAGACCAAAUUAUACAAUGGAAUUAAAAAAAGGUAAAAAAUUAGCUAUUAAAUGGGAUAAACAAUCAAUUGAUGGUAUAGGAUCAAUAAAUAAAAAUGAAUUAAAAAAAUUAGGUGGAAAGGGUAGACCAGGAGGAAGAGAUACAGAAGAUGGAUCAUAUUCAUAUCUUAUAGUUGAAAGAAGUUCAAAUGAUCAAUCAACUUUACAAAAAAUUGAAAAUUCAAGAAACUAUAACAUAAAUGAUAAUUCUCCAAUUGAUUCAAAAGAUAUAAAUAAUUGGCCAAGAAUAAUCCGCAUACCUGAAAAAUUAAAAAAAAAUGUUAAAUUAACAGUAUGUUCAAAUCAAGGUAAUAUUGAAAUUUUUCAAAUUCCAAAAUCUUUAGGUAAACAAGAAUAUCAUGAUGCAAGAAAAAUUCAAUUAGGUGAUUUAUGGGGUUUAGGUAAAAAACAAUCAAUAAUCAAAACUCCAAUUUCAAAAACCAUUAAAUUAAAAUUAAAUUCAUUAUACAAGACUUCUAAAAAGACAUUUAAAAAAGAACAACAAAGUAAGAUUUGGAAAAAAAAAAUUGGUAUUAAUGAAAAUGAAUUUAAUGAUGGAUUUUUAGCUACUGAAAUUAUGGCUAAUGAAAUUGAAAAUAAAAGAUCUUAUAAAAAUAAAGGUAAAAAAUUGGAUGUUAAUCCUGAAACUUAUGAGGGAAAGUAA